GAAAACAAUUGGGGCGAAUGUGAGGCUUGCUGUUGUUGCAAGCAGACAUCAAAAUGGCGGCCAGACCUAAACAAGCGGUUGCUAAAGGCGGGUUAUGGUCUACAAAACCCCAAAAUGUUAGCAAAGAAACUUCAAAUCUUUUGAAAGUGAUGAUGGAGGAAUCCAAACUGACUAAUUUUCAAAGACGAAAGCUACAAGAUGAUAUGAAAAGUGGAAAGUCAUUGCCAGUACAGUGUCUUCCAACUUCAAGUACAUCAGCAGGUGCAAAGGGAAAACCAAAGGAGCCCAAAUGCAAAAAGACAGGUUCUAGGCAGUUUUGUUAUUCAGGAAAAAGAAGAAAGGAAAUUAUCGAUAUUUUAAAAGAACGAAAUAAGGAUGAUUACAGACCAGUUGGAGGAAAAAUCAUAACGGAAAAAGAUAAAGAAAAGCUACAAAAUAUCAUGGCUUAUGGCAAGGACAGUCCCCAACACGAAAAGAGUAAGCGCCCGGUAGCCGUCGAAGAUGAGCCGGAAAUUGACAGAUUUGAAGAGGUAAUGGCUGAAAUAGAAGACAGAAGGAAAUUUUUGGAUGAAAUGGAGGCACUUGGGCAGGGAAAAAAGUACCGAACAAUAAUAGCAACAGAAAUAUCACAGAAAAUACGGGAACUUGAAAUCAUCGACAAAGAACGAAGUGAAGAAUUAGAAUCAAACUCCGUUUCUUGAGAGGGACGUUCAUUCGAUUGCAGCGGAAUUUUUAAUCCUCGAAGAAUUAAGUGGGACAUUCUUGAUAGAUAACUGAAAUGUAAUUUUGGGACGAUUUCUGUUUCUCUUCUGAUUGUAAAAAGUGGUGUAUCCUUCUUUUCUCAUACUUAGUGUUUGCAGUGUUUAGUCAUAGUAGCUCGCAUGACAUUAUUUUUUGUGUGAUUCAGAUGUAUGUAGGUAUUUCACAGGUUGCUGUAGGUAUUUGCGAAGGAUAAACCUUCAGGAUAGUCCAUAGUUAGAAUCCUUUAAGCAAUAUUGUCUGCACAAAAUGCUCGUGACUCCCGACCAGUUAAGUAGAACGCCCAAUGUCAGUGUUUUAUAGACAAGCUUCCCAUCAAUAAAAAACCUCACUAGAUAAAAUGAGCCCAGGAUUUUGAUUUUCUGUCAUCCUUUAUUACAAUACUAAUAUCAUAGAGAAGAGAGAGAAAGAGGUCUGGUGGCCCAGUAAAAAAUGCAUUGACUUAGCACAGGCGACAAGCAUGCAAUUGCCUGUAACACAUCUGGCCAACCCUGGAAAACCCUGGUAUCAGUAAAACAACUAAACAAUUAAUCUGAAAAGAACUGAAGACAUAGUUAGAAACAAUGUGGCACUGCCGAUUCAUUUCUUAUCACCAAAUACCUGACAAUUUGAUGAUGAUUUGCAUGUGAACCGUUAAUAACGGCUUAGUGAACCGUAAAUUUUGAAAAAUUUAUGCAAAGAUUUAAGCAAACCAUCUGAUUACAAAAUUCACCCUUGCUAACGGCACUGGGAACGUCCGAAUCAAAGACAGCGUACACUCAAAUAGCUCUUCCUUAUUUGUUCAAAAUGUUUGUCAAAAAUGGAUUUAUGAAAAGAUUUCUUUAAAGCGAGAGGUUAGGUUUAGAAACGAAAAAGGAGACUCUCGCCCAAAUCGGGAGAAUUGGAACCUUUGUGCCUAGAGCGCUGAGAAAUAGCCGAAACCCCAUUAUCAUAUGAAGGCUUUAUUUGAUCUACAUUAAGGCUGCAUUUACACGAUACCGGAUUGCUUUUCAUAUCGGAUUGGUCUCAGCUAUCCGAUAUGAAAAGCAUACCGUUUAGACUGCGUUUACACGAUACCGGAUUGAUCUUCAUACCGUUUUCAUCCUGUUUACACGACAACGCUCCGCUAUUCACUGUGCAGGAUACUUCUUUUAAUUUGAUUUCGUUAGUCUACUGAGGAGAGGAAGGUCUCGGGAAAAAGUAUCACUUUAGUAAAUAAUAUGUAGGAAAUUGUGAGCGCUCCUUCCUAUCUACCUCUCUCUCUCUUUCUCUCAUUCUUUUGUAUAUAGUGGUUGUUGUUGCGAUUGCACUUAGUUGAAUAGAAGAAUUCUUGCUUACGAACUCGAAAGGAACGACGUGAACUAUAUCUCUCAAAGAACUCUCGAUAGAUGCGAACGCCAAUCACGAGGAAAGAGGAUCGAUAAAACGAUUCACAUAAAGAACAAUAUUUAGAAUAGUACCAAAUCAAGACCUUAUUGGAUAGAGGUGACUUCGUUAAAAUUCUUAAGUUAUUUCUUUUCUCUGGACGUUAAUUCUUCUCUCUGAUUAAUAAUUCGUGGUUGUUCAUGUCAUUAUAUUCGCUGAUGUUUAUACUUUAUCUUGCAUUUUAAUUCGAAUAAGAAAUUAUACAGU